GGAAGGAUAGUUCCGUCGACAAGCCGAGGCGUCCGCAUGCGCAGUGAGCACGUACACACCUGGUAGAGGGAACGUUCGGCGGUGUGAGUACAGCGCCACCUGCUGGUGACAACCGGAAGUGAAACUUGUGUAAGAGACGGAGACAGACGGGUGCGGUGAGUGCGAGAGGACGAGAAGAGUGAGAAUCGAGAUGUACGGCGGACUGUGUGCAAAGGAUCUGAAGUUUCCCUCCUCGGUCUCUGAACCGGGCCUCCAUGUUUUUCGCAUAGAAAAGAUGAAGUUAAUCCCUGUGCCAAGCGAGAGUCACGGCGUGUUUCACUCCGGAGACACCUACCUCCUGGUCUUCAACUCGCCCGAGGGCAACCACACCUACGUCUGGAACGGUAAUGGGACCUCGGUGGAUGAGAGGGCCGCAGGCGCCAUCUACAGUUCUCAGCUCCACAUGCAUCUUGGUGAGAAGCCGACCCAGAACCGCGAGACCCAGGGUCACGAGAGCGCGGAGUUCAUGUCUUUUUUUCCAAGGGGAGUCACCUACCUGGAAGGCGGAGUCUCUUCAGGUUUCCAGCAGGCCCAGAAGGACUCCGCAGCCCCCGCACAUCAUCUCUACCACGUCAGGGGACGAAAACAAAUCCGGGCAACAGAGACCGACCUGACGUGGGACAGCUUCAACACCGGGGACUGCUUUAUACUGGACACCGGGAAGUUUAUUUACGUCUGGUCGGGAUCACAGUCCAACAUGAUGGAGCGGAACCGGGCGCGGGAUAUGGCCAAUCAGAUACGAGACAUCGAACGACGCGGAGCCGCAAAGGUGGAAAUUAUACAAGAGGGGGAGGAGCCGGAGGAAAUGAUUCAGAUUUUGGGAAAAAGACCGGAGUCUCUGAGGGAAGGCGGCGCCCAGGAUGACAGGGAAGCGGAUGAGAUCCACACCAGAGGGGCCGUCCUGUACCAGGUCUCCAACGCCAGCGGAAAGAUGCAGGUGUCUCGGGUGGCGGACGGAGCCGUCCUCAAGAAAGAGCAACUGAUAUCAGACGACUGCUUCAUCCUGGACACUGCGGGGAAGAUCUACGUGUGGAAAGGUAAAAAGGCGAACAGAGAGGAGCGCGAGCAGUCACUAGAGAUCGCCAACGAAUUCCUGACGCUCAUGAAAUAUUCUCCGAAAACUCAGUUCCCUCCAAUUCCCCCAGGUCCAGGUGGUGUCUGAGGGCAACGAGUCUCCGCUCUUCAAACAAUUCUUCAGUAACUGGGUGUGAUCCGUACCAUGUCAUCAGGUAGAGUCUUCUGGAAUGGCACGACGUGUUUCACCACUGCAGUGCCCAGCUUCAUCAAGGGGUAUUGGAUGUGAUGGGAGCGGACGGCCCAAGGCUGUUCAGACAGGACACGUAUUCUGCACAUUAAACAUUGAUGGUAA